AUGGACAGUGGUUCUCAGGAAGAUCAAAUAGACUUAAAAGAUGAAGAACAAUUUUUGAUGUCCGUGGAGGACACCCUGAGCACCGUCCAGAAAAGUAUCCAUAAGUUUGUAAAAGAUGUUCCACAGGCGCUCGUUAAUUCUGGAUUGGAUUUCGAUUUAGAGAAACUAAAUUUAGACGACGGCCAGAAAAUACAGGAUUUCGUUCGUUCGUUCCCGAAAUCGUUCGCCGACCAACCGGAUAAAGAAGAGGAGACAGAAAAAAUUUCAACGUUGGAACUCGAGUGUGAAAAAUUGCGCGGUCAAUUGCAGCAGCAAGUAGACGGUAACAAAAAGGCCCAAGAAGAAAUGGAAUAUUUAAGAGAACAAAUACUGAAUCAAAGUACAUACUGUGCAAGUUUGGGGGCAGUAUUGGGUAAUUUAACGUGGCGCGCCUCAAGGUUCCCGGAAGUCGUCGACGUCUGGCUCUCCGGGUUUCAGCACAAGAUCGGCGAAUUUUUCUCAAUAACAGACGGAAGUUUCGUCGCGUUUAUAAACACUUAUAGAAAUGCUUUUCCUCCCACUUGUAACGUUGAAUAUCAGUUUAUAAUUGGCUUGAUAGGCAUUGUGACAAAUAUAUCAGCGAGCGCUGAGGGACGUGAAUUUUUAAUCACCGAUCAGAACGGCAGAGCUUUCGUACAGAAAAUGGUGAAGCUUAUGCCAACGUUACCGCUUUCACAAGGUUCUUUAGCGUUAAAGAGGUUAAUGCUGAUGAUAUUCUAUAAUGUUAGUAUGAAUAAAACCGGGUUGCAGCAUCUGUUCGAGUCUCGAGUAGGCGACGUGCUGAAUUAUUAUCUAAAGAACAAUUCUCUACCGGACGAAAUACAGUUCUUAUGUCUACGUGUGUUGCAGUCGAUCACGUACGGUCUGACUAAUCCUAGACACAUUCAAGACUUGAUCACGAGCCUGCCGAUUGGCAAAAUAGAGGACAUCGCUACGUCUAAUAAAAGCGAGAUCAGCACGGUCGCUAAACAAGUGAUAAAACAAUUGCGAGAUUCGCAGAAAUACAUCGGUUCGAACUGA